AUGGCGGGUCCUGGCGCUGGACCUUCCCCGGGAGCCGCUAUAAACACUCUGUAUACUGUGCAACCAAAGCUUCUGGACCAUAAUCCUGAGGUUUUGCUUUGUUGUCUGGACACGCGCAGAGUCCCGCUGCGGUUCUCGGGCGUUUCGUGUCUGGAAAUAGUCACGAGACGCUGCCACAUUGCGGUAACCGGCGAUCCACCGAACGUCCGGCGGUUGUGCCUGAUGCCUGACCGGGACGGUGACAGGAUGUUUGCCGGUGUGCUGUCCCCGGUAAAACUACGCAUCAAAUCGAGCUCAACCAUCAAACUUGUUGUGGAUGCUGGAGUGGUGUCCAGACUGGUGCUGCUGCUGGGGUGUGGGGAGUUGUCUGUGCAGACGCCCUGUCUCCGGGCUGUGGGCAACAUUGUCACAGGAAAUGACAUCCAAACUCAGGCUGUGUUGGACCAAGGUGCCCUGGCCUGCUUCCCUGCCCUGCUGCGCCACCACAAGAACAACAUCCAGAAGGAAUCAGCCUGGACCAUCUCCAACAUCACUGCAGGGAACACCAUCCAGAUCCAGGCAGUCAUCGACGCAGGGCUCGUCCCUCCCCUCCUGGAGGUGCUACACAAGGGAGAUUACAAGAGUCAGAAGGAAGCAGUGUGGGCCAUCACAAACUUCACCUCAGGGGGCUCCGUGGAGCAGAUUUGCCAGUUGGUGAACGCUGGUGUUAUCAAGCCGCUGUGUGACAUGCUUGUCGUCAGGGAGUCCAAGAUUGUCCUGGUCAUCCUGGACGCCAUUGGAAACAUCUUCACUGUAAGGGACAGAUGCUUUUAGUCUUAUCUACAUGCA